AUGGGGCAUCCACCUCUUGAUAGCUUGGCCUGCUUGUGUGUCCCACCCCAUCUUACAAAUGAUGGCAGGGAAAUAUCAGGAGUAUACUUUUUUGGUGGAAAUGGUAGGACUCUCAGUUCUUCUGCUCUUUCUUACAGCACCAAAUUUUCAAAGGAACUUUGGGCCACUUCUUGUGAUCUGUUCCUAGAGUUGCAGCACAUUUCCAAGGGCAUCUAA